CGCAGCUUUAAUAAAGCAGCAGCUGUUGUUAUCUACUGUACGUUUCACCGUUUAUCAAACUGUCUUAGUGGGUUUGAGGCUGUAGUUUGUCGCAGUCAUGUACUGUUUGAGGGUUCUUCGGCUGUCAAACUCUGCGCUUUUCAUCGUCAAAAACACAGAAGCUCUGAGGAAAGUUUUCAUCAUUCAGUCAGCAUGCUGCUGUCAGAGCACCAACACCACACCGGCGUCACAACAACGAAUGACGACGCGUUUGGAUCGCGUCCAUCUGAAAAUGAAUGUAAACACAAAGUCCCCCAGCUCUGGAGUGGAGGAUAUGCUUUUCUAUACCAUCACAGAGGGAAAAGAGCAAGUCCCCCUUUCACUCUUCACAGCAGCCUUGAAGAGAACUGGCCUUCAGCCAUCGGAUCCUCGUCUAAAGGACUGCAUGGAGAAGCUUCAACAGGCUGUGACUGAAUCAGACGGGGAGGUGAUGAUGGACAGAGACCUUUUCCACAGGUGUGUCGGUGGAAAUAUCGUCCUGCUGAUCCAGGCCUUCAGGAAGAAAUUCAUCAUCCCUGAGUUUGACGUUUUUGCACAGAAAAUAAAUGAAAUCUACAACAGGGUGCAAAGCCACAGUGAUGGGAAGGUUGCAGACUAUAUCCCCCAGCUGGCCAAGUUUAGCCCGAGAUUGUGGGGUGUCUCUCUAUGCACAGUGGAUGGACAGAGGCAUUCAGUGGGUGACACCAAACAGCCAUUCUGCCUGCAGUCAUGUGUGAAGCCGCUGCAGUACGCCAUCGCUGUCCACGAGGCGGGAACAGAGCACAUUCACCGUUACGUUGGCAUGGAGCCCAGCGGACUCAAGUUCAACAUGCUCUCACUGGAUGAUGAAGAUAAACCUCACAACCCCAUGGUGAACGCUGGAGCCAUCGUGAUCAGCUCUCUUAUCAAGCCUUGUUCAAAUAAGGCAGAGAAGUUUGACUAUGUUAUGGACUUUGUAAAAAAGAUGGCUGGCCAAGAAUAUGUGGGAUUCAGCAAUGCUAUGUUUCAGUCAGAAAAAGAAACAGGGGACAGAAACUUUGCCAUCGGAUACUACAUGAAAGAGAAGAAGUGUUUCCCCCCGGGAGCAGAAAUGAUCGAUGCAUUGGAUUUCUACUUCCAGCUCUGCUCCAUCGAGGUGACCUGCGAGUCAGGCAGCAUCAUGGCUGCCACUCUGGCCAAUGGAGGGAUCUGUCCAAUCACAGGCGAGCGUGUGCUCAGUGCGGAGGCAGUGCGAAACACUCUGAGUCUGAUGCAUUCGUGUGGCAUGUAUGACUUCUCUGGACAGAUGGCUUUUCAUGUGGGUUUGCCGGCUAAAUCUGGGGUGUCUGGUGCGAUAUUGCUGGUGAUCCCAAAUGUCAUGGGAGUGAUGUGUUGGUCUCCUCCACUGGACAGAGUUGGAAACAGCGUCAGAGGAAUACAUUUCUGUCAGGAGCUUGUAUCGCUCUUCAAUUUCCACAAUUAUGACAAUUUGAGACACUUUGUAAAGAAGCAGGACCCUCGCAGACAGGAUGGAGAGGACAGGAACAAAUCUGUUGUCAAUUUGAUGUUCGCUGCUUACAGUGGAGACGUGUCCGCUCUAAGAAGGUUUGCACUCUCAUCCAUGGACAUGGACCUGAAAGAUUAUGAUUCUCGAACGGCGCUUCAUAUCGCUGCAGCAGAAGGUCACAUAGAGGUGGUGAAGUUUCUCACUGAAACCUGCAGAGUGGAUCCGUUUGUCAGAGACAGAUGGGGAAACCUGCCCAUCGAUGACGCCCUGCAGUUCGGACGUGAUGAAGUGGUGAGGGUGCUGAAGGACUACCAGCAGGUCUGCAGUCAGCAGGAAGCGCAGCAUGCAGAGGCCGAGCACUCCCCGAAGCUGGACACCAUUGAGGGAAUGGUGUGAUGUCUAUUUAUUAAAGCAGAAUCCCCAAACUGUGAGGGCAUUCGUGCAGUCUGAAAUAUGAGGGUCCAUGUGAAGCACAUUAGAGCACAGAAUAUGACUAACACAUCAAAUAGACAUGCCAACUGCAGUAGAGGAUAAAAUGCAAAUGAUAAAAAAUGAAUAACAUAAGCAAAGACAAAAAUGGAGAAAUAACUGACAAGGACAACGGAAUACAUAUUUAGGAGGUUGUUUAGUUUCUAACAUAACAUAACAAAUCUGACAGAUUUUACACAAGCACCGCUAGAAAACAUCACACUCACUAACAGAUUAAAUAUUCAUGCAAGUUAUGUCUGAUUAUUUGUAGCUGAAAGUCCUGGUGUUUUAUUUAAAGGGUUUGACUAACACCAAAAACUGAUUUUUAAUGCAUAAUCCUCUCAGUAUGUAUGACUGCACAAUUUAACUUUUGUUUGUUUUAUCCCCUAGUGCCUUACUGAAACUGUUGAACUUUCUGAAAUCUUUGCAUACCACAUAACAUAUUAAUUCCAAAGGAAAAAUGGGUUGAAAAGCACAAACAGCCAUUAAAGUUUAUGCUGAAUAUGUUGUGUAUAUAAUGUUCUUUAGCUGUAAAUAAGUAUGCCAGAGGCCUUAUAUAAAUACACAGCUCCAGAAUAAAUUAAGGGACCACUGCCAUUUUUUUCUUUUUGUGGUUCUUCUACUUACAUAUUCAUGUUUUACCAAAACAUUUCUCCCAAGAUCCCAACUUUCAAUAAAUAAUCUUAUUUAGGUCUUUUUUUAGAUCUUUUAUUUAAAAGAAAAUGACAACUGGUUAGGAAAAAACAGUUCUUCUAAGACCAUGACCAACUCAACAAAACAAGGUCAUAUUUGUAGUUAAACAGCAGAAUAAUAAUCUGUUAACUAAGGAAGAGGUCAGCAAUCAAUAUUUGGUGGAAUAACCCUGAUUUUUCAUUACAGCUUUCAUGCAUCUUGACAUGCCCUCCACCAGUCUUUAAAAGUGCUUUUGGGUGAUGUUAAGCCCCCAAGGUCAGUGGUUUCGAUCUCCAGCCACAUGUCAACGUUUCCUUCGGCAAGACAAGACUAGCUUACUGACGGACCCUUUACAUCAGGGGUCAUUAACUCCAUUUUCAUAAGAGCUGUCUUUUUUUGACCAACGCUGUGGGGGUCAGACACUGAAAUAAAUUAACAUCAAUA